UAGAUGUAGUGGGGCAUGGGAGAAUGGCUUUAACAGGACAUACCAAAAAAGAAAAGAGGUGGCAAGAAGCAGGGGGUGAAUAAGGAGGAAGGAAGAUAAUCAAGCCAGAGAAACUAGAUCAUGUUUGAAGUAGGGAAUGAAUCAGUGAAGGCAGAGGAAGGGGAGCUAAGGUGGCCAGAGAGGAAGGGAGGGAAACAGCCAGCUGAGAUUCAGAUAAAGGUGUGAGUGAUUUCAUAUUGCAAAGAGCAUAGCACUGAAUAGCUUAACAAGCAACUCAGGGAAGCCAGAAGCCAUUCUCUGGAAAAGUUUAGGGCCUUAAGGGUGGAGUGUAGUUUGAACCAUGGCUCCCUCCCUCAUCCCAGGGUCUCUGUAGCUACCAGUUGUGCCAUGGUCAUGGAUGAGCUGUUGCCACCAACAGCAGGGGACAAUGAACCCAUUGUUCAUCACGGGGGGCAUCCCCACAAGGACUGCUGCGAGAGGGUCGUGAUCAACGUUUCAGGCCUACGUUUUGAGACUCAAGUGAAGACCUUGCGCCAGUUCCCCGAUACCCUGCUGGGUGAUCCGCGACGCCGUGUACGCUAUUACGACCCUCUGCGCAAUGAAUAUUUCUUUGACCGCAACCGGCCCUGCUUUGACUCCAUCCUGUACUAUUACCAAUCUGGAGGACGGCUCCGGCGACCAGCCAACAUCCCCAUCGAUAUUUUCCUGGAGGAACUGAAGUUCUACCAGCUAGGAGAGGAGGCCCUCACCAAAUUCCGUGAUGAUGAGGGCUUCAUUAAAGAAGAAGAGCAACCCAUGCCUGACAGGGAAUUCCUCAAACAAGUGUGGCUACUCUUUGAGCAUCCUGAGAGCUCCCAGGCUGCCCGUAUCAUUGCAAUAAUCUCAGUGAUGGUCAUCCUCAUCUCCAUCGUCAUCUUCUGCUUGGAGACCUUGCCUGAAUUUCGGGAUGAAAGGGACAUUUCAUUACCGCCUAUUCAUCAUCGCCUGAAUAGUAGCGUGCCUCACACCACACCAUCAAAGAACCACUUCGAUGAUCCCUUCUUCAUUGUGGAGACCAUUUGCAUUUGUUGGUUCUCCUUUGAGUUCCUGGUACGCUUCCUAGCCUGUCCAAGUAAGCCGGCUUUCUUCAAGAAUAUCAUGAACAUGAUUGAUUUUGUAGCUAUCAUCCCUUACUUUGUAGCCCUGGGCACCGAAUUUGCUCGCCAGAAGGGAGUGGGCCAACCUGCCAUGUCCUUGGCCAUCCUGAGGGUCAUCCGACUGGUGAGGGUCUUCCGAAUCUUCAAGCUCUCCAGGCACUCCAAAGGCUUGCAAAUUCUAGGACAGACACUCAAGGCCAGCAUGAGGGAGCUCGGUUUACUCAUCUUCUUCCUCUUCAUUGGAGUCAUCCUCUUCUCAAGUGCUGCCUACUUUGCCGAAGCGGAUCAUGAGAAUACGUCCUUCACCAGCAUCCCUGCAGCUUUCUGGUGGGCUGUAGUCAGCAUGACAACCGUGGGCUAUGGUGACAUGUACCCUGAGACUAUGGGUGGCAAAAUUGUGGGUUCCUUGUGUGCCAUUGCUGGAGUCCUCACCAUUUCCCUCCCAGUGCCUGUCAUUGUCUCUAACUUCAGCUACUUCUAUCACCGCGAGACUGAGUGUGAAGAGCAAGGCCAAUACACCCACAUCACUAUGUGCCCGUACACCCCACCACCAUCCCCUGCCGCCAUCCGGGAGAAGGCUCAUCUCAGGGAGAAACACCAAGGAGAUGGUGUGCAGCAUUCAGAACUGCUAGAUGGCAUGGUGUCCAUGGGCAACUCAGAUUCACCCAACAAACGUCUUGUCACCCAAGUGUGACCACCUUUUCCAAGCACCUCAUCCCGACGUCCCGCACAUAACUUUCCUUGCACCUCUGCGUCUUAACUCUGUAUAAUAGGACAAUAGAUUAGCCAAUACAGAUUGGUAGUAAUGGGUUUGGAGAGAACAUUUCCCAUCAAGUUUUGAGAGGAGACUAGACGGACGGCUGUGUCUAAAUUUGGGAUGAGGUAAUGGCACAGUGGGCUGCCACUGGAGAAGACAUAGAAGGGGGGGGAAGCUGCCUCUGGGAAUCAUGUAGACUCUGUUGCAAGGAGACAGUUGCAUAAACACACACGCCUUGUUGCUCUGCCCCUUCCUCAGUUGGUAUAGGGUGCAGUCAGUCCACAGAAAGUACUUCCUCCUCUCUUUUACUCCCAACUCUGCCCGGUCAUCCUCUACCCUUCUGUGACUCAAAGAACCCUUGGCAUGAAGAUGCCUCCAUGAAAUCACAGCAAUGUGUUCUUGGAUUACAUUUACUGGAGCUUGCAAUGGAACAUACCCGGAGCAACCCAGGCCCCAAAUAGCAAGAGUUGAGGGGGGUGGUAAAUCAGAGAAUGCAAGGAGCCAACCACAUCUGAAAUCAGGGUAUUGCAAGGAGUGCAGUAAUCACACUGAGGAGGAACUGUAACUACAUCUCCAGGAGGAGGCUGACUGCUGGAAAAAAGCCCUCGGCUUCAUUCUGUCCCAUGAAACAAAACCCCUCCCAUUAGUUCUCACAGACUGAGAACUAAUCCCCAUACUGGUAGAAAUCCACUUUGCAAUUCAUUGGAUGAAGUAGGAUAGGUACCUGUUGCUCUCUUAAAGGCCACAGUUGCUCUCUUAAAGGCCACAGUUAAGCUGUAAUAUGUGGCUUUUUUUUUUGACAGACUGAUUUCUUCCCAACCACCUGAGAGUCGAAUCAGCCAUUGGUUCCUCAUAAAGAAAUAGAUGCUAAGAAUGUUGUUUUCUUUGGCCUCAGCUCUCUCAAUACAGAGUGCAAUGGGGCCCAACAAAAUCUCAUGUGCCAUUGCUAUAGCUGGCCCCAUCCUUAGGCAGGGUGAGGCAGCUCAGAUCAAGUGGCAGAUUUUUAUUUUGUUUAGUAUUACAUAUGAGACAGGGAUACUAUUUUCUGACUCAGGCAACAAAAUGUCUCUGAGCAUUUCUGCCUAACUCAACAGAAUCUCCUUAUAGCUCAGUCAAAGCUGACAUGAUUAUUCUUUUUCAUUCUGAUACAAAAAAACCCCAAAACUAAAUCUUUACCUUUUUAACUCAGCCAUUUUCAAAAUCAGUUUUCAAAUUCAUUCACAAAGAAAGAUAGUCGUAUGUAUGCCACCCUGACCUGAGAGGAAAGGCAGGAUAAAGAUGUAAUAGAAUCUGUUUUCAGUCUUUAUGUUUUACUGUGGAUAAAGGAAGAGUGCACUAAACGUGCUCUCCUAAUAUGUCCGAAAGCGGCAACACAUAUAUUGGCUGAAAAUAUAAAUGUUGUCCUGUUCAGACAAAACGGCAACCACACAUAUCAUAAAGACCAUGUGUAGCACUCUUUCUUUGUAUAUAGCUGCCAGGCUUCCAGUAUGCACAGGGAAGGGAUGGAGAUAUAGACAGGUAGUGCAAAGCCUCCUUUCAAGAAAACCUGUCUAGUUCUAAAAUAGUAGAAAAGAGCAAGAGUCCAGUAGCCCUUAUAAGACAAACCAAAUUUGUGGUAGGGUAUGAGCUUUCAUGAGUCACAGCAUGGCUACCCAUCUUGAUCUAGUUCUAAAAUAGUUUUUAUGAAGUUCAGUACAAACUAGUGGUAGCCAUAGUCAAACAGGAUCCUUCAAUUCCCAAAGGGUAGAAACACUGCUGUAACCCCCCUGCCCAAUCAAUUUCUAUACUCCCUUUGAUCUCUGUAACCAUGCUAAGAUAUUUGUGAGGGGAAAGAGGAUCUCGAAGUCUUAAACCAGCAAUUUGGAUCAAACUGUGCAACUAGGGAGAGAAAGACAUCCUUUCUUGGUCAUAUGCUUCCAGCCAAUUCAUAUGUCUUAAUUUAUAUAGUGUUAAGUGCCAUUGGUCUUAAGUCCAGGGUAGAGCACAACCCAAAUGGAAGUUUACAAUCACAGCACUUUCUCUCAACAUUGUUUACUUUUGCACAGAGAACCUGGAUCAGAAAUGCUUUAGAAAUGGAGGACGAUCCAUAACUACUUGAGAGCGUAUACAAAUUGUAAUGUACAGUCUAUGCAUGCAAAUAGGAACUGUGAGUGUAACUAACUAUUUAAACUGGUCUGUGCCUGGAACAGAAUCAUGCAGUCUUGAAAUUCAUGGAGAAAGCAGUGGUCCUCCUUUACGAUGAGUAAACAUGAAGUGUGUAACUGUAGUUUCAUCAAUCCUAUUUGGCCUUCUUUAAUGAGAAUAUUUCAUUACAAGAUACUUGUGGGAUGUGUGAAUGAUAACUACACUCCAGCCACUGAGGAGGUAGUUUGUAAGAGUGGCACGUUGGAUUCUGUGAUGGUUAAGGUGUCGAUAUCAGGCAGGAGUACAGUUAUAUUACAGUGCAAGGCAGCAAAAAGGUUAAGGUUGCCACCUACCUCCUAAAGGAUGCUCUGUGCCUUUAGCAGAAGGUGAAAUCCAUAGUUGCAGGAUAGGUUCUUAAAACUCUAUCAGGAGAAAAUAUGGCAAUUUUGUAACAUUCCUGUCUUUGAGAAGUGAGAUGUAAUUUAAUUAGUUUAUGUAGGACGGACUUCCUUUGUUGACAAUGACUAAUUGCAGAAUAAUUUGCGAACAACAUUAACUUCAGUGUGGUUGCUAACACCAUUUCUUGUAGUUAAUACUCCUACAUACCACCCUGCAAUUAUUACUCUGCAGUUGUACAUGUAUGAGUUACUGUUUAGGAAAUUGUUAGAAUGUAGUGCGGAUUCCAGCUUGGGGUGUGUGUGUCCACAUGGAGCUGUUUAAGUAUAUACCAUGUAGGGCAUGAGAUGUCCACUGUAGCCUCUAGCCACACGAUGAGUAGGAUUGAAGAAAUUUCUCUACUGGUGAGAAAAGGGAGAAGAGGUCCCUUGUAACCAUCCAUGGGAUUUAUAUCAACAAAAGCCAUGUGGGACUGGGGCUAUCUGGAUGGAUUUCAUCCAAUAUUUAGGUUCAGCAGAAUAAUAUGAAUUUUUUCCUAGGUUGUGCUAGUCAAACUGCAUAUGGGGGAAUCUCAAAUUUGAAUCCUCCCUUAUUUAUUAAUAAUAAAAAGAUUCCUGUACCUAGUAAACUUGUCCAUAUGGCAGAAGGAGUCUGGACAAUCCUUCUGCCUGAUGAGCUAGUUUUCUGUGUGCAGAUGUGGGUUGUCCUUCACUAGCAAACCUUAUCCAGGAAAAGUAUCAUGUGAUUCUGCAGCAGGUGCAGAUUUGCUCUUAUAUUACCUCCCCUGGUCUUCCCCUGGUUUUGAAGAAGUUCUAGGGGGUGGUAAUGCCAUAGUUAUCAUACUCCAUUGGUGUGCUGAAUGGCCGGACUGUUUCAUAUUAGCUGGGUUAAAAGAUGAAAUUUUACAUCUUACAGUUAAAAGGAGGAUGAAUUUUACAAAUGGUAUGCUAUAAGCUCACCAUGAGUUCAAUCAACUUAAUGCUAUGUUGUAGGUAGAUGUUUUUGUUUUUUGUGGCUAAACCACUCUGUAAUGGUAGAUGCUAGAGGGAGUACUAAUAGCAAUAAAUAGGAUUGCAAUCAUUUUUUCCUGAUAGAGUUUCUGUGUCUUUAACGGAGAUGUAGCCAUGGGAAAGGCUGCAGCUGCCGAAGACUCAGGAACUCUGCCAUGAAAAUGGAGCUGGCACUGUGUAUAUUGUGACCAUGGAGCAACCGCACUACUGGGAACAAUAAACACACAGUAACUGAGAAGUUCAUAGCUCUCAUCUGCAACCUGUAUGCUCCGUAUUAGCACCAUUAAGUCUACUUCUACACAGAGGUUUUGCUCCGCCUCGGCGUCCUCAUUGCCAAGCUGUUUUUGGAAGCAUCCAUAGGGGAUCUGUACUCUUUUUGUCCCUCUUUGCUACAACCUUUCCCAAAGCAGGCUUUGUGUGAUCUUUGGGGAAGGAUUGCAGUCAAAAUGUCUGUGUACGCAUUUUUGCAGUUCCCACCCAUAUUGGUACUGUUUUCGUUGCCUGAUUCCCCAGCAGCCACCAUUCCCCAACACCACAUUACCAGAGGGCUUGUUUUUACAAACAUGCUGAGUACUGUUUUUUUUAAUUAAAUCUGAAAUAUAAAUAUAAAGCCUUAAGCUGUAGCAAUAUACCAAUUACCAUUUUUUCAAAAGCCUGCCCCCCAACAAUCCUCCCACGGUGAGGAGGACCACUGGCCACUGGGGAGUGAGUCAAGGGAAGUGCAGGGAGAAACACCCCGUGGACAUUCCAUUGCCAUUACAAGUGCCUUGGCAUUUACAGCAGCAAUAGAAGGAACCACAAAAAAACUGCAUCCAUGCAGAAGGAGUCAAAAUCUGCAACCCUAUGCAUACUUACAUGGAAGUAAGCCACCCCCCUAGCCCAGUGGGACUUACUUUCAAGUGAAUAUGGAUAAAAUCAGGCUGUUGUUACACUCAUUAAAAACGAUUGCUAAAUAUAUGCACUAGUAAAGCAUGAACAUUAACUCCAGUGCAACUAUUCUAUAGCAGCUAAAGUAUCAGCAACAAAUCUUAAACACUGUCUAGUUAAAAUAGGUAUUAAUUAUAGUGUAUUACUCAACAAUAAUAUUUCCUUUUGGCAAAGAGUCUCCAGGUCUUCUCCACACAUGGAAUUUUCCUCUUCGUAUCUUGGAAAGGUGGGGGCUUUGAGUGGAGUCCCCAUUUCCGCACUGCUGUAACUAUCAAUUAUUUCAGUGACAUGAGACCUUCUCCCAGCAAUGCCCUUACCCCAUAGUAGGGCUGUGGAAAGAGUUACUGUCUCCAACCGGAGUAUUUCCUUACAUGGCUGACUACCAGGCAAGUGAACCUCAGGUGCUGAUGCUAUUUAUUGUACAGAUCACUCCACUUUUGCUCAGCAGAAUCUCCAUGGGCUCAAGGUGUUUCACAAAGAAAUAAAUAUCCCAUCUUCAUAGGCAAUGGACUUUUGCCAGAAAUAGCAGCUUUCUACAGCAAUCUGGACAAAAGAAGCUCCAAAGUCUUGACAUUUGAGGCCCUGUCCAUUUGCUCUUUAUGUUUGGAAAAACUUGUGUCAUUUCUCGGUUUAGCUGCCAUUUUUCGCCUAAAGGGGUCGCCAGUGGCUUUCUUCGAAGAUGGCUCCAUGGUGCCCUAUCUUUUCAAAAGCAACACGGGGGCAUCAUGAUCAAUCAGGGAAAGGGGAAGCUUGCUUCGUCGGCAAGUAUUGGGGGUCCCUCCCUAAUGGAUGCUGAACGCCCUUCUCUGAAAUGUAGGGCCUAAACAAAAGCAAGAGAUGCAGUUUGUGAAUCUGGAUCUUUUAAAUCCACCAUGCUUCCUCUUGAAGACCAAGCUGUCUCAACUGGACGUCAGUGAAUCCAGCGAAAGCAGGCCACGGGUCUCUGGAUUUUAAGCUUGCAAAAGAUGGAUCGUUUACAGAACACUGCCUUUGCUUUUCCCCCAGAAUGAACUUUCUACUUUUCUCUUACCAUGUAUAGCAACUCCCCAUUCCCCACUGCCAUCUUGAAUGUGAUUGUGAAGAGAAAGGUAUCUCAUCCUGUUUAUCUGCAAUAAAGUACAAGACACUUGUUAAUUUAUUGAA